GGGGAGCGGAAGAGGCGGGGCGAGCGGGCCGGCUGCUGGCUGCGCGGCGGCGUUUGGACGCGGGUCGCAGUGGGGUGAGGUGCGCCGCCCGGCAGUGCUGACAGUCCGCUGCAGGCCGAGGAGCUGUUUGGUGCGGGCGGCGGGAGCCCGUAGACGCCGCAGCUGGCGCACAGGGCCCGGCGCACGCCGGCUGCGCCAUGGUCCGGCUCAGCACUCUCCUCUGCAAGGCCUACCGUGGAGGCCACCUAACCAUUCGCCUUGCCCUGGGUGGCUGUACCAACCGGCCUUUCUACCGCAUCGUGGCUGCUCACAACAAGAGUCCCAGGGAUGGCCGUUUUGUGGAGCAGCUGGGCUCCUAUGAUCCACUGCCCAACAGUCAUGGAGAGAAACUCGUUGCUCUCAACCUGGAACGAAUCCGGCAUUGGAUCGGCUGUGGGGCCCACCUCUCUGAGCCUGUGGAAAAGCUUCUGGGUCUUUCUGGCUUUUUCCCUCUGCAUCCCAUGGUGAUCACAAAUGCUGAGAGGCUGCGACGGAAACGAGCACGAGAAAUUCUCUUAGUGUCUCAGAAAACAGAUACAGAGGCUGUAGAAACAAAAGCGAGCUGACUUCAGUGAGCAGUGGGAGUAAGGUCAAAGUCUUCUUAAAACACUUGUGCAGAGCUCUUAGUUUUAUUAGAUUUAGAGGUCAAUAAAUGGAGUUUUCUAAGUCA